UUCACAGAGCGGGGAGGGGGAUGGUGGGACACACAGGGGAACAUUGGGACAUUAACCUGGUGGAGUCACCCUGUGAAACCUGCAACUGAGCCGAUCUCAGAACUGGCAAACUCUUAUCCCUGGUUUGUUGAUGUAAUGUUUAAAAUUGCUUUUUUGCUUUUAACUGCCUUUACUUUCUGAGCUAGGGGCUGUCUUCAUUAACAGCAAAAGUGUUACUUUGUUGUAGAUGACAGAUAAGCCUCAUCACGGGAGAGUUACCUAGUAAGUAUAGCMCAGGUGAACACUUCUGUUUCUCUCAGUCUUAAUUUAUUUCCCAAAUGUAUUAGUUCAAGUAAAGAACUGAAAGACUUGUGAAGCUUUUUCCCUUUUUAGUUUUAAACUGAUGUGUCCCUCUUCUACAGCUGUGGCAUGGAGGGAGUGGGGUUUAAAUAUCCCUUUUUUUUUUUAUAAAUGUAGUUUUAUUCUGAACCUUCUUUCUGCUGUGCAUUUCUGGCUGUGUACAUUCCCACUCUCUAAAACCAGAUCUCAGGCACAUUGCUGUUGAGUUCUUAUCCACUACAUAUUCUUGGAUGAUGUUUUCAUUGCUCAAAUACUUCUGAAGCCACUGAUUUCCCAUGUUAUUAAAUGCUUGGACUGUUUUGGGGAUGUAGUGGUUCGGAUUUUUUUAUUUAGCCUUGAGUACCUUUAUGCAAGUCUUUAGUGAUGUGAAAUUACUGGGUGUUACUGUUGGACCUAAAACCUCAGUAACAGUGUUUUCCAAUAAGAAGGAAGCUAGAAUAUUGGGCAAUGAAUGGUACAGGUGRAUAAACUUUGCACAUGAUUCAUCUUUCCUGUAGUUGUACACACUGAGGAGCUUGUUGAAUAUGGCAUUAACAUGCAUGAAAAUGCAAGUUUGAUGUGCACUCGUUGGCUUACGUGGCAAUUUGCCCUUGCUUGUGGACCUGCUUCUUUAACAGUUUUGGCAGCCUGUCUACCCCACAAAAGUCACUUGGUGUAACAAGGGAUUUAUCUCCUUUGAAUCCUACCAGAACCCUGAUUUUUAUGUUGAGAGGUUGCAAGACCCAGGGUGAUCUGAGCCUCCCAGUAUGGCUAGCAUAAACUAGUGUAUGUCCUAAAAAGACACUGAAAACUGAAGUUUUGGUUUACAAAGCAUUAAAUGGUCUAUUGUAGGAAAAAAUACUAAAACUGUCAAUUUAUUUUUGCUUUGAAGAAGGCUAACCCAAAUAUAUGAUUCUGACAAAUCACCUCCAUAAAUCCUUUCCCAGACAUGCAUAUUCCAGGUCUUUCAUUGUUGUGGUGGUGGUUUUUAUUACUUUAGGCAAACAGAUGAAACAGAAUUAAGUUCAGGAAUCUUUCACACAGAYGUGAUAGUUUUUUCUUUUGCUCAGAAUAAAAGCAAAAGAGAGAGAGACUGAAGUUUUUUGCCCUGGAGUUGCAGCAGCAGCAUUAAAUGGUUGAUAAACAUCUUAUCUGAAGAACGUUGCAGCUCUCCAUGCGGGAGAUCAAACACAGACUUAUUAACUUUAUCAAUCCAGUGAAAUCAACUUACUGAGUUUACUGUAGUGCAGGGCUUUGCAUGAGCUAAGUAGAACUGAGACCUUUUUAAGUGUGCUCAGGACAAGUUAGUGUGAAAAAAACAGAAUUGCACUUUUYCAUUAAAGAUUAAAAAGCAUCCAGAGAAGGGUCCUGUCUCCUAAGACACCAGUUACUGUGGCCUUUAUCUCUCCAGCAGAACAUAAUGAUUCAGGUUUGGAAAAGUUCAUUGAUUMCUAACAUUUAAAGGUAUGAAGCAGCUACACCCUCAGCAAUUGCUUSUGUUCAGCAGGCUAAAACACCAAAGCCAAAACAGCCUAAAAUUUAAAAGAACAAAGGCUUUUUACUCCUUCCCUUUUGCAAAGACAGGUUUCUUAAGUGUCACUGCCCAGCUACCCUUGGAAAAAAAMCCCCAAAUCUCAGUGAAUGGGCCCAAAUCUGGCAGUUAGAAACACUGUGGGUAUUGUUGAGAGUUUUCAUCCUUUUAAAAUUAUCCUAAUCUCAUGCUUGACUUGCAAAUAAUUUUUUUAUUAAAUUCUUUCAAGUUUGCACAGGUAUUCCUUAGUAUGAGCAGAAGUAUUGUUGGCAGCUAAAGAAAGUCCCUAUUGUAGCCUGUACUGGAAAAAACAUGUCUUUGAAAUUCUAGAUGACAAUGUACCCUUACACUUACUGGUUUGCUAACAGUCACAAGAAGUUAUUAAUCCUCUCCCCUUCAUGUCUUUACCCCCAAACUUAGUUCAAAACACUUACACGAGAUUUUUCCAAUUACUGUGCCACAUAUGGCAUUCCAGUGUCCAGCCUGUGCUCUCGCAUAUGCAUUGCUAUAGCAAAUCUCCACAUAGGUACAAGACAGUAGUUACCCUUUAGGCUUUUCCUGAUGUACAAAUUGGUCUCUCACACAACUUUUUAUAGGUUCGGCUGCAAGUUCAAAAUGUAGAGAAACCUCUCUACCGUGGGACUUUCCAUUGCUUUCAGUCCAUUAUAAAGCAAGAAUCUGCUUUUGGACUCUAUAAAGGCAUUGGGUCACCAAUGAUGGGGCUCACGUUCAUUAACGCGCUGGUGUUCGGCGUGCAAGGAAACACCCUUCGUGCUCUGGGCAAAGACACUCCUCUGAACCAGUUCCUUGCAGGGUCAGCAGCAGGGGCCAUCCAGUGUGUCAUCUGCUGCCCCAUGGAGCUGGCAAAGACAAGGAUGCAGCUUCAAGGAACAGGAGAAUACAAACAGAAAACCAAGAACUACAAAAAUUCUCUGGACUGUCUGAUCAAAAUCUAUCAGAAGGAAGGGCUGAGGGGUAUCAACAGGGGCAUGGUCUCCACCUUCAUAAGAGAAACUCCAAGCUUUGGCUUUUACUUCCUGACCUAUGACUGCAUGACUCGCUAUUUGGGCUGUGAAGCUGAAGACAGUUACGUUAUUCCCAAGCUGCUGUUUUCUGGAGGGAUGUCAGGAAUCGUGUCCUGGCUCUCGACUUACCCCAUGGAUGUGAUCAAAUCCCGGCUGCAGGCCGACGGAGUGGGAGGCGUCACACAAUACAAGGGCAUCCUGGACUGUGUCCGAAAGAGUUACCAUGAAGAGGGCUGGAGGGUGUUCACAAGGGGUCUCACUUCCACACUGCUCCGUGCUUUUCCCGUCAAUGCAGCUACCUUUGCUACUGUCACUGUGUUCCUCAUGUACAUGAAGUCRGAAGACAACCUUCCUGAAUGUGAACCAGGUCCAGUAAUCCAUCAGCCUUCCAGUCUGUGAACCUGCUCUGUUUGUUCUCCUCAUCCAAAGCCUGGCUGGUUGGGUUUUGUUAAACAUGAACACUUGGCCCACACAAGUAGUGUACAUUUAUGCUCUCUGUAUAAAGAAUUCCUAAAUGUAUCAAAUUGGGAUUUCAUCUCACUACUUGUUUAAACUGCAUCUUGCCUUAUUCAGGACUCCAUAUCUGGUAGUAUUCAAGUAAGAGGGGGACCUGCCUUUAGAAAGUUGCUGUUGUGGCUCCAGAAGAGGUUCUGGAGAAUAUUGUAGUACCAGAAAUUGAGUUUUCUUUCACUCAUCUUCUGAAUGACUGAGUUGAGUUGAAUGCAGAAAUGUUCAGAAAGAACACAUUAUAAGGAAUACUCAUUUUGUGUCUUGUGAGAGGAGUAAAUGUACUUCUGUUAGGUAAAGAAGGGGGAAGAAGUUAAAUGUUGGAGGUUUUGCAGGUAACCCUGAACUGUAAAGACAUGGACUAGCAUUCAGCUAGUCAUGUGUUAACUUUUCCUCUGCUUUUGUAUGUCAAUGGUUUUAGUAACACUUUGUUCAUACUGAUUUGCUAAAAAAAAAAAAAAAAAAAAAAAAAAAGAAAAAUAUUUGUACCUAUGUUACUCCCUGACCUUUUAGCUUUGAAUAAAUACCUGAAGCACAAAGUUAGCAUCUGCACUCAAAUGCACUUGUUCCUUUAAAUCUCAAGGCUUGUAAGGAUUUAGGGAAGCUCAAACCUAGUAGGGCUGAUGUUGUUUGCCUUCAUCUCUGUUUCUCCUUUGGUGGGUGCACGGACUGUAUUGAGUAGUUCAGCCCAGUAGACUUUGUUCUCUGAAGUUAAUGCAACUUUGCACCACUUCUCCCAACAUGCCCCAUAGCAGCCAGUGAUGUACAGAAGUCAAAGUCCUGCCUGUGGUAUUGCACAAAAUGUUUGUGGGUGCAAUGUUAGCUUAGCAGCUUGAAGUACCUUAGAAAUAUGUAUAUAUUUAGGACUGGAGGUUUCAUACCUUUCCAGAAAGCGGGGGUGUUAAGUGUCUGAAAUGGUUGCUGUUCAAUACACUUGCAUUAUGAAUUUAAACAAUACUGAUUUUUAUAUAUUUAGUUACAGUGCUAUGGGAAAGAAGACUUAAAAGGGUUUUGGAGAAUUUUCUUGUUACGUUAAUAUGCUGUGACUUUUUUUUUAGCAGUCUGUUCAAGAAGAAUUGAAUUAGCCAAAGAGCUACAAACAGUUAUUUCAGAUUUGAGAUAAAAGCUACACAUACUUGGCACAAAUAGCCAGAAGGAAGGACUGUAUGUGUGUGAGCAGUGUUUUAAAAUAUAUCAAACUAGUUCAGUGAGUACAACUUGUUACACUUUUGGUUGGGACAAGUGCAAUAUGUAUUUAAUUUAUAUGAAUUUUCUAAAGAAGCGUUAUUUCAUAGCAUUUUGCACUGUAACAAAAUAUGCUGGAGAAACUUGUAAAACUGGUAUGUCUUUUUAUACCUUGAAGGUAUGGUGGAUGUUUUAGUGCCUACUUGCACUGAGAUUCAAAUUGAAUGUUAAAUCUGUCUACUAAGCUGCAUAUGCACAACAACUCACAGCAAAGACCAUUUACACCUUUGUACAGGAGUAUGUAAUUCUUGUAUAUAUUUUGAGGGAAUAAAUUUUUAAAAAAUUUUU